CUUUGAUCAUCGACCUUUUUUAUGGGAGUUGAAACAAUUACUAUCGCAUUUAUUGUGCAAUGGAUGGUGAUAGCAAUUUGGGUGGAGGUGAGCUGCAGUGGGCGGAUUGGCUGGCCAUUGGAAUUAUGCUUGCCAUAUCGGCUGGCAUCGGUAUUUAUUAUCGUUUCUCCGGGGGCAGACAGAAGACCGCCGAGGAGUACUUCGCAGCUGACAGAUCCACCAGCUCCUCCAUGAUCGCGAUAGCCAUGAUGGUUGCAUGCUUCUCCGCAAUAUCUCUUCUUGGAACCACUGGUGAAGUUUACAGUAAUGGAGCCAUUUUUAUUCUGAUGUUCGGUGGAAUUUUCACAGCCACGCCGAUCAUCGCUUAUCUCUAUCUUCCGGUGUUUUAUGAACUCAAGACUCUCAGUGUUUUCGAGUAUUUGGAGAGACGAUUUGGCCCGACUGCCAGACUCACCGCCAGCAUAUCGUACUUCAUUCAGUACAUUCUGUUCAAUGGGGUUGUCAUAUAUGCUCCUUCGUUGGCAUUGGAAGCAACAACGGGGCUUAAUGGAACAAUGAGCAUUCUUCUCAUCGGUUUUAUCUGCACCUUCUACUCUACCAUUGGCGGCAUCAAGGCUGUCAUCAUUACUGACCUCUUGCAGGCUGCUCUAAUGUUCACUUGUGUCUACUGCGUUAUUGGUGUUGCUGCCAGUGAACUCGAUGGCGGAUUGUGGGGGGUGUGGGCAAGUGCGCAGGAUGGGGAGCGACUCAAUUUUAAUCAUUUUGAAUGGGAUCCAACAGUCCGACAUACCUGGAUGUCUCUAUGUAUAGGCGGAAUGUUCUGGUUCCUUAUUAUGCUCGCAACUAGCCAAGUUCAAGUGCAGCGCAUGCUGACAGCCAAAUCACUGGGAGCCGCUCGCAAGGCCAUGUUCCUCAACGUUAUCCUGUCAGUCUCCCUGGGAUCCGUUGUAGGAUUCUCAGGCCUCGUUCUUUACGCAUAUUACAAAGACUGCGAUCCGGUUACAGCAGGCAAAAUCAAAUCCUACGACAUGAUAAUGCCGUAUUUUGCGAAAGACCGGAUGACAAGGAUACCAGGUCUCACUGGACUCUUCAUAUCGGGAAUAUUCAGUGCAAGUUUGAGCACCGUAGCCGCCAUGCUUAAUUCACUGGCUGCUAUGGCACUCGCGGAUUAUCUCAAUCCCCUAUUUCGCAGGUGUGGCGCCGAGUUGGAUGACAAUAAAGCAGCUACUUAUGGAAAAAUAAUGGCACUCCUGAUUGGGAUCAUCAGUUUGGGGAUUGCAUUUCUCGCUUCGACAAUGGGUUCUCUACUUCAGGUGGCUGUAGCCAUUAAUGGGGCUAUUGGGGGUCCACUCCUUGGAUUUUUCACCCUGGGGAUGUUCUUUGAAUCUGCUAAUGAGACUGGAGCUGUUGUUGGAUUGGUGCUGGCAUUGGUGGGCAGUAUGAUUACGGCUUUUUCGAUGAAACCGCUCACCCCGGUUCUACCCAUGUCCAUCGAUAAAUGCGUCAAUGCCACGUUGAUUACUACAGCACAAACUCCAACGGAUGAUCCGUCCACGUAUUUCAUCAUGAAUCGACUCUCCUACCUCUGGUAUCCACCACUCGGCUGGAAUAUGGCGGUUACCUUCGGAUCCAUAGCUAGUUUCAUCGUUUCAAAAUGCUCAAAGGUGUCACCACCAAUUUUAGAUCCCAGUCUGUUCACACCAAUACUUGCGGCCAGGAUUCGACGACGGAGGGAGAAGGAGGCUGCUGAGGGGAGCCAAGUUUUUGUUCUUGACACCAAGAGCUUUGAUAGGGAAGCGUUGUAAUUGAUUACUUUCUCGAAGAGACAAGUCUAUCAUAAUUUACCUCUUAAUUUUCAGGAGAUUUCAUCUAAUUUUGGUAGAGAAAGCGGUAAAUUUGGCAAGAAUUACAAUAUUCUAUUGAAAAAUUCUGUUUGAAAAAAAUUGACAUUUCAGAUUUCAUUGAAAACUGAAUGAAAUGUUAAUUUGUUUAGCAACAGCAAGACGAGAAUUCUUAAAGUUUUGAGCAGAACGAAUAUUCAGUAGAAAAUUACGCUGCAUUUUCAAUUAUUUGUCAACUUACGAAUAUAUUUCCCUGAAUUUUCAAUGACGAAAUUCCUUAAAGUCUCAGCGGUACUAUAAUAUGGUAAAAAUUUCCAAGAAGUGCAGCGGAAAUGCCAGCCAAAAAUUCGUAACAAUGUAGUAAAAUUCCUGAAAGGGACAAUUUUAAAUGGAAAUGUUUCCUCA